UCUUAUUCUUCUAUUUUUAUCUCUUCUUCUUAUAUGCUUUCUUUAUAAGGGUUGAAUGAUGCACUCGGAUUUUAUGGGGAAAAAAAAUAACUAUAUCUUGCAUUCAUCUUUUCUUCCUUCUUCUCACUGCAUGCCCCUUCUUCCCCUCUUCCUCCUCCUAGCUUCAUCUUGAUCUUUCCUUUCCUUCAUCUGCUGACUCUCCUCUCAUUCUCCAUUUUGCUUCCAAACAACUCCCCCCUCUUGACGUCCCAAUUAGAGGCCUUUUCUUGAUACUUCAAUCUCUCUUCAUCUUGUAAACAGAAUACCUACUUCCCUACCAUAUGUAUUUAUUCAUUCUCUAUUUUGCUUUCGGAUAGGAAUCUUUGACGUUAAGCUUACCUCAUUUUCUCUUCUGAAACAAAAAUCCAAAUGAAGCCCAUCGGGACUACUUCUAACCACUGAAGACAACUUUUAUCAUCAGAAUCUUCGAAAAGGGAGAAAAUGAGUGAACUACAACACUCAUCAGAAACCGAGAGCAGCUCGAAUUCAUCGCCCUCAUCACCUUCCUCUCAAGGCUCACUCAAAAACCCCAAACCUAACACCCAAAACAACACUACUUCAAACAACCAAGACUCCAAAAAGAUGAAAAGAAUUAGAGACUCAAGCAAGCACCCCGUAUAUCGUGGUGUUCGUAUGAGAAACUGGGGCAAAUGGGUCUCCGAAAUCCGAGAGCCACGCAAAAAGUCUCGUAUUUGGCUCGGUACUUUCCCUACCCCUGAAAUGGCUGCACGAGCUCAUGACGUCGCUGCCUUAAGCAUCAAAGGUAAUUCAGCAAUUCUCAACUUCCCCGAACUUGUUGACUCACUGCCUCGACCAGUCUCACUCGCCCCACGUGACGUCCAAGCCGCAGCGGCUAAAGCGGCUCAAAUGGACAAAUUUGACUCGGCAGUGUCUUCAACGUCAUCUUCGUUGUCUUCUUUGGUUUCAGGUCUGGAUUUGUCAACUGGGUCGGAUGAGUUGACUGAGAUUGUUGAAAUGCCUAGUUUAGGAACUAGUUAUGAUUAUGAUUCACCCGAGUUGAGGAAUGAGUUUGUGUAUGUUGACCCAGUAGAUGGCUGGAUGCACACACCGCCUUGGUUACAAAGUGUGGAGGAUUGUGGUGGGUAUGUGUGCGAUCAGUUCGAACUGCCGGAAAGUAGUGUUUUCUCAAAUAGCUUUGGAGAAGGUUUGUUGUGGAGUUAUUAAUGGCUGUGUUUUGUAAAUUAAUGUGAAUGUGUGGUUCUUUGACUGUGAAUGCAAUAAUUCUCUUAAAUUUAUGUAUCAAAAAGUUUUAAGCCCUUUUCGUUUUUCUUUGAAGGGCUAUAAAAAUUCAUCUCUCUUUUUCGUCUUUUGUUUCUGGAGUUUAUGUAACUGGCUUGUUCCAUGGAAAGAGAAAAAUGUAUAAAUUCCUUUUCCCUUGUUUGGUGGAAGCUCAUGAAGAGCUAAGACCUCUCCUUCAACCUUCAAACUUAUCAAUACGAAGAAUUCUGCAAGGUUCGAUUC